CACUGAGACUUGCGGACCGUUAGCUUGUUGUACAUCCCGGUGUCCCUCCACCGGAAGUGGCUCGGUGCGGGUCCGAUUCGGUGCUGCGGUCCGUGCGGGGCUGACGCGGCAGCGGCGGCGGCGGAGGGAUACUCGAUGGAAACUUUCGGUCUCCUGUCCGACGCUGAUCCGCGGCGCGCAGCCUCCGGACUGUCAGUUGAAGCCGUUGGCCCCGCCUCUUACCAGGCGCAACAGCCAAUCACAGCCCGCACAGCUCCCCCCGCACCGAGCCGGCCCGCCGCUGUGCGCAGGCGCGCGUCAGUUGUGUGUCCCCGAGCCGCGGAGCUGAGCGAGCAGCCCGGUCCAUGUGUCCCGCUCCAUCCCAGCCCGCCGUGCUGGUGCCGCUUCUGAACCAGCUGGAGGACUGGAGGGGAGUCUCGUCACAGCGAGGUGCCCAUGGUUCAACUUCAGCCAUGGACGCGUCGACGGACUCCACCGCAGGAAGCGACCCCGGCCAGAGAACACUUGUUGGUGGCGGUGGUGCAACUUCCUCUCACCCGGGGACAGUGGGCUCGGGGCAGACCUGCAACGGGAGCCACACUGUGAACUCUUCAGGAAGCGGGGAGCCGGGGUCUAAAGGGCUGUCCGCUGCCUUCAUGCACCCCGCGGCCACCUCCGUCAUCCAGCCGCCUCUCAUGCACCCCCAGGGGGUCGUGUCCUCGGCAGGAGCCACCGUGACCCUCGUCAGGCCGCCUAUGCAAAACGCCUGGUCGGGUGCAACUUUGAAUGGGAACAAUAAUGUGGUGGCGGCCGGUGCGACAGGACAGCCAGGUGUGUACAAUGUCCAGCAUUCCACCCCGGGCUCUUUCAGCGCCAGGCCGCCCACGACGAUCCUACACACAGCCCCGCAGCCCGCUGUCACCUACGCCCCGGUCGGCUGGCCCCAGGCCCCGGGGACCCUGGCUGCCGGUCCGGGUGGGAUCCCAGGGAUGACGCCUCAGAUGUUUGCCCCGAGGCUCCAGCAGCCCCCCCCACCGCAGCAAAACAUCCAGGUGCCCCCGGGGAUGGUGAUCAUCCGCAAUGAGAAUGGACAGCUGCUGAUGAUUCCUCAGCAGGCUCUGGCCCAGAUGCAGGCCCAGUCGCAGGCAGGCAUGAUGCCUCGACCUGCACUCCAAACCAACGUGCCUUUUGGUCAGGCUCCUGGAAACAUCUGCAGACAAGUGGCUCCCCCCACCAUCAUCCAACAGGGCUAUCCCGCUCCUACAACAUUCGCUGCGACCACCACUCUUCACAGACCUCCUAUUCUUCAGAGCUCAGUAGGGGCUGCAGUACCAGGAAUGACCCCCAUGACUUACAGCCAAACAGCUGGGACCACAGUUCUCCCAGUAACAGUGAGCAAAGAGACAAUGGAUAAUGUAAUUAAAUGUAGAAACUUCCUGUCUACAUUGAUAAAACUGGCAUCCAAUGGGAACCACUCACCACAGACUGCAGCCGUCGUGAAAGAGCUGACUAAAGACCUGCUGGAGGGAAAACUGGAACCUGAGGAGUUCACUAGCAGUUUGUACAAAGAGCUCAAAUCCUCACCCCAAUCUUACCUUGUGCCUUUCCUCAAGAAAAGCCUCCCAGCCUUGAGGCAGUUCACUCCAGACUCAGCUGCAUUCAUCCAGCAGAGUGAGCUCCCCCAGCUGGUCUCAGGUCCAGUCUUCUCCACCUCAUUUACCCCCACGGUGGUCCUAAGCGGCCCUGCCCCGUGUCUCCCUGCCCCGUGUCUCCCUGCCCCGUGUCUCCCUGCCCCAAUCAGCAGGCCGCAGCUGCAGCCAAGCAUCGGCCAGCAAGGACAGACCGCUUCCAUGGUUCUGCAGCUUCAGCAGCAGAGGGUGACAGUGAGACCUCAGGUAAACUUACCAACGACCCCCGUGGUGAUGCUCAGGAAUCAGGCCCCUGGCCGCAUCAUGCUGGGACAGCAACAGGCCCAGCACAAAGGGCUGCACGCAACAGCCUUCAGUGCAGCUCACAAGAACAAGCUAAGAGAGGCUAGCGGCUAUGUCAAGGAUUAUGACGAACUCAACGAUGUGGCCUCCAUGGCUGGAGUGAACCUAUGUGAGGAAAGCACCAAUAUCUUAGCAUCCAAUUCUGGACUAAUGGGAGUGGUGACACAUUCCUGUAAAGAUGAGCCUUUCCUCCCCUGCUCCUUGUUGCAAAAGAGGAUGCUUGAGAUAGGGAGUAGGCAUGGUAUGACUAACAUGGGUGCAGAGCUGGUGAACUUAGUCUCCCAUGCAACUCAGCAGCGACUCCGGAACCUGUUAGAAAGUGUAUCCCAAGUGGCCCAGCAGAGAAAUGUCAACUUCAAGGAGGAUGACAAGCAUGAGCAGAACGAUGACGUGCGUGCUCAGCUGAGGUUCUUUCACCAGCUGGACAGUCUAGAGAAACAAAGAAAAGAGGAGGAGGAGAGAGAGAUCCUCCUGAAGGCAGCUAAGUCUCGAACUAGGCAAGAGGACCCAGAGCAGCUACGUCUGAAACAGAAAGCAAAAGAGAUGCAGCAGCAGGAGCUGGCUCAGGUGAGACAGAGGGAGGCCAACAUGACGGCACUGGCAGCCAUUGGCCCCAGAAAGAAGAAGAGAAUCCUGGACUCUCAAUCCUCCUCUGCUGCAGCUGAGGGAUCAGGGGCAGGCCCCUCUUUGCCUGGUGGUGCGGGUGCGGCGAGCUCCAGACCCACGAGGCAGCGGAUCACACGCGUCAAUCUCAGGGACCUGCUCUUCUGUUUGGAGAACGAGAAAUCCACCAGUCCCUCUCAUUUCCUCUACAAGGGCUUUCUGAAAUAGGCUUGAUGUCAGAGAGGGGGAUGAGGAGGAGAGGUGAGAGGAGGGGAAAUGAAGUGUGUGGAGAGACCGGCCGCUCCCACCACAGAGAGAGUGAUACAGACUCUAGUGUAUGAAGAGGAGAGGAGCAGCUACCUGAUAACCUGAAAUACAGCAGUAGCUCCAUUUGAUGGUCUUCUUCCUCGCUCCUCAGAUAACGACUAUUUUCUUACAGAGCAGUCGUGGACUUAUGCCCCUUUAUUCAGCCCAUACAACUUAUUUUUCAAAAAAGGAUUAAUAUAAAGGGUUUUUGAACGAACAAAUUACUUGUAGAAAUAUGCACUGCAGAACAGUUUAUUUUUUAAUUAUUUGUUUGUGCAAUAGACUGCAAAGCAAUGGAAAUCAAUUGUUUAACUUUACCACCGACUAAUUUUAUUAAUGAUGAUUCAGUUUUUUUCUGUCAACUGAAUUAGUUUCGGGUUCAAACUGUAUAACCUACUGAGUUGCCUUCCUGACUAUAAAUAAGCCAUAUAGCCACCCGGAAACUAUUAACCCUGCUGUGUCUCCUGAGGCAGUAUCUCUCUCUCUCUCUCUCUCUCUCUCUCUCUCUCUCUCUUUCACCUCAGGGUCUUUACUUGAGUUUUUUAUUUAACAUCAUGUAACACCUCAGUUGUUUCAUGUAGCUGCAAUUCAAAACACAUGUAGUAGUGUGUGGAAGUUUCAGUGUUUACGAAGAAAAAACACAAAACUGUUUAUUGUUCUUCUAAAAUAAGUUCUUAUGUAUAUAUUCAUAUUUAACACUUCAGCAGUUUUCAGAAAGCAUCUCACCUGUUCUGCGAUACCAAACAUACAUCUACCUGAAAUUUCUAUUUUUGUAGAUGCCCACCAACACAGCUUUUUACUCUUUUAAUAGUGACUGACAGUAUCCUCAAUAUUUUCCUGACCGGCUUCUAUUUUUGUGUGCUACUGGACAGCCCCUUAGGUUUUUAGUACCUACGACUAAAGAAACUGAAGUUUCUUACUGUAUAUUUGUAAAUGUAACACCUAAAGUUUUACACAUGGUUUUGUAUGGAAUCAAAAUAUACUCAUACAGUGCAAAGACAAAUACU